AGAAAUUAGAAAAGAAAAUUCAGAAAAUAUAAUUUUCUCCCCAAUUUUUUAAAGACUUCACAGUUCUCUCUCCACCAUUUAACCAUUUGCUUACUUGGUUUUUGCUGCCAAGAAGAAUAAUGGGUGUUCAGGAAAUGGACCCUCUUUCACAACUAAGUUUGCCGCCCGGGUUCCGGUUUUACCCGACUGACGAGGAGCUUUUAGUUCAAUACUUGUGUCGCAAAGUUGCUGGCCAUGAUUUCUCUUUACAAAUUAUUGCAGAGAUUGAUUUGUACAAAUUCGAUCCUUGGGUUCUUCCAAGUAAAGCGAUAUUUGGAGAAAAGGAAUGGUACUUUUUCAGUCCAAGAGAUAGGAAGUACCCGAAUGGAUCACGACCAAACAGAGUAGCUGGCUCUGGGUAUUGGAAAGCAACAGGAACUGAUAAAAUAAUCACUACAGAAGGGAGAAAAGUUGGAAUUAAGAAAGCUUUAGUUUUUUACGUGGGAAAAGCACCUAAAGGAACUAAGACUAAUUGGAUCAUGCAUGAAUACAGACUCAGUGAAUCUCCCAGAAAAAAUGGAAGUUCUAGGCUAGAUGAGUGGGUGCUUUGUCGGAUUUAUAAGAAGAAUUCGGGUGGGCAAAAACCGAACAUUUCUGGUUUAAACAGCAAAGAGAUGAGCCACGGUUCUCCAUCGUCAUGCUCUUCUCAAUUUGACGACAUGCUCGAAUCCCUACCAGAAAUUGAGGACCGUUAUUUCUCCUUACCGAGAAUGAACUCUCUUAGGAAUUUACAACAAGAUGAUAAGCUUAAUCUUCAGCACCUGGGUUCUGGAAACUUCGACUGGGCCACUCUAGCUGGGUUUAAUUCGUUCCCGGAAUUAGUUACCGGAAAUCAAGCUCCGGCACCGGGAAAUCAAUCUCAGGUGCAUUUGAACAAUCAAAACAGUAGCAACAAUUUGAAUGAAUUUUUUGCUCACCCCACGCAAUUGAAUUUUCAUGGAGAUGUCAAGUUUGAAGGUGGAGUGGACGAAGAAAUAGAGAGCGGAAUUAGAGCUCAACGAAUUAACAACUCGGGUUUCUAUCAAGAGAAUUCAACCGGGUUUCAUACCUAUACGAACUCGGUGCCCGACCCAUUUUGGAUUCGGUACCCGACCCAAACAGUAAAUAUGGGUUCAGUCGGUAAAUAGUGAACGGUUGAAUUUAUAGUACGGAAAGUUUGGGAAAGGGUAAAAUGUGAAUGCUCGUUGAAAUGUUCGGACAAAUUGGAAAUCUUGCGCUGAUUAAUGAGGUAGAAAGGGGUAGAGAGCAAAUAUUCUUUGGUUGGGGACAAAAAAGUAAAAUUAACAAGAUUUUGUUCAUGUAACUGAGCACAAAUACAAUGUAUUCUGUUGUACACACACUGUUUCCCCUUGUACUAAAAUUUAUGUAGGGGACGUAGUUUCUUUAAGGCUUUGGUAUUCUACUUAGGAUGACAAACAGCAGGAUUAUCUUAUUUUCCUUUUUAUGUAAAUUUUUAUCGGCAACGUGUAGUCAUUUUCUAGAUAUAAUAGUAAUUGGGAUGUACAGAAGUUACGACUUCUAUUGUUUAGUUGAAUAUAUUUAAGAAAUCACAUGAAAAAAGA